AUGUACGCAAAGGCUGUCCUCGCCGUCCUCCUCGGCUCCGGCCUCGCCUCGGCCCAGCUCAACGCCCUCGCCGUCGGGGCCGGUCUGAAGUACUUUGGCACCGCCGUCGAUGAGCGCCGGACGACCACUGAUGCCGUCUACAUGGCCAUCGUCAACGACACCAGCGAGUUCGGGUCGCUGGUCCCCGAGAACGGGCAGAAGUGGGCGUACACCGAGCCGAGCCGGAACACCUUUUCCUACACCUCGGGAGACGUCGUCCCCAACAUUGCCAAGGCGAACGGCCAGAUCCUGCGGUGCCACACCUUGACAUGGCAUUCCCAGCUUCCCAACUGGGUCUCGAGCGGCACGUGGACGGCGGCCACGCUGACGGCCGUCAUCGAGACGCACAUCGCCAACGUGAUGAAGCACUACCUCGGCCAGUGCUACGCCUGGGACGUGGUCAACGAGGCCGCCGCCGACGACGGAAGCUGGCGCGCGAGCGUCUUCUACAACGUGCUCGGCACCACCUACCUGCCCAUCUCCUUCCGGGCCGCCCGGGCUGCCGACCCGAACACGAAGCUGUGCGUCUUCCCAGUCCUCAUUUCUUCGUACUACAACGACUACAACCUCGAGUACAACGGCGCCAAGACGAACCGCGUGUACGAGGCCGUCACCAUCGUGCAGAACGCCGGCGCGCCCAUCGACGGCGUCGGGUUCCAGGGCCACCUCAUCGUCGGCUCGACGCCCGGCCGCAGCGCGCUCGCGACGGCGCUGCGGCGCUUCACGGCGCUCGGCCUCGAGGUGGCCUACACGGAGCUCGACAUCCGGCACUCCAGCCUGCCGGCCUCGGCGGCGGCGCUCGCGAACCAGGGCCGGGACUACGCCAACGUGGUCGGCUCGUGCGUCGACGUCGACGGCUGCGUCGGCGUCACCAUCUGGGGGUUCACGGACAAGUACAGCUGGGUGCCCGAGACGUUCAGCGGGCAGGGCGACGCGCUGCUGUGGGACGCGAGCUUCAACAAGAAGCCGGCGUACACGUCCGUGUCGUCGGUGCUCGCGGCGGCGGCGACGGGCGGCGGCGGCGUGACGACCACGAGCACGCUCACGGUGACGGCCACCCGCACGACGACGCUCGUCACCAGCACGAGGACCCCGACGUCGUCCGGCGCGGCGACGACGACGUCGGCGGCGGCGGGCGCGGAGCAGACUCGCUGGGGCCAGUGCGGCGGCGCCUUUUGGACGGGGCCGACGCGGUGCCAGGCGCCGUGGACCUGCACGAAGCAGAACGACUUUUACUCGCAGUGUCUGUAA